CAGUGGUUGCGCCUUUGGAGAGGUCGGGUGCCUCUUUCUGUGUCUCUCUUCUCCAAACCGGGGGGAAAGGAAGGGAAGGAGGGGCAGGAAGGGACGUAGCCGGCGGCCCGGACUAGCCCUGCCCCGCUGCUGGGAGCCCUUCCCGGCCGGAUCCCUGCCCUCGGGCCCCUUCGCCCCUUCCCCUCCCUUUCUCCCUCCGGAGCGCCAAAGGAGCAGCAGCCAUGGGGCGCAUCGAGUGGGCCAUGUGGGCCAACGAGCAGGCGCUGGCUUCGGGGCUGAUUCUAGUGGCCGGCGGCAUCGUGGCUGUUUCGGGACAGUUCAAACGUUGGGAAUUUGCAGCGUAUGCCAUAGCAGCCGGGGUUUUUAUUUGCCUCCUGGAAUAUCCGAGAGGGAAGCGGAAAAAGGGCUCCACGAUGCAGAGAUGCGGCCAGCAGUAUUUCACUCCCGUUGUGAAGGUGUUUGGACCCCUCACCAGAAAUUACUAUGUCCGGUCCAUCUUACAUGCUUGCUUGGCCGUUCCUGCAGGAUUCCUCUUGGCCACGAUCCUGGGGACAGUUUGCCUUGCCAUCGCAAGUGGCAUCUACUUACUGGCAGCCACCCGCGGCGAAGAGUGGCAACCCAUUGAGUCCAAGCCCAAGGAGCGGCCCCAAGUUGGGGCCACUAUCAAGCACCCCCCAACCAACCCUCCGCCUCGGCCACCGCCGGAAGCCCGCAAGAAGCCUGCAGAGGACGAUGCUGGCAUUGGCGGCCAAGAAAACCCCAUUGAGGUCCAAGUGGAAGCGGAGUGAAGGGCAGAUGGAGGAUGCAGGGGUCAGGAGGAAAUGUGGAGGGUCUCACAUACGGCCCCCCAUCCUCUGCCUUCAUGGACUGUUUCUCUUCACCAUGCCAAACACUCCUCAGUCUUUCCUGUUGCGUUGAUAAUGGCUGCCGUAUUGCUUGCUGGUUUUUCAUCACCAUGCCAAACACUCCCCAGUCUUUCCUGUUGUGUCAAAAAGGGCCGCCAUAGUUCUUGACCAGUGAUGGCCAUAUUGCUUGACCGAUACCUGCCAUCUUGCUUGAUGAUUUUUCAUCACCAGGCCAAACACUCCCUAGUCUUUCCUGUGGCAUCAGUAAUGGCCAAUAUAUUGCUUGAUCAGUGGCCACCAUAUUCCUUGACCAAUGGCUGCCAUAUUUCUUGACCAGUGGCUGCCAUAUUGCUUGACAGUUUUUCAUCACCACACCCAACACUCCCUAGUCUUUCUUCUUGUGUCAAUAAGGGCUGCCAUAGUUCUUGACCAGUGAUGGCCAUGUUGCUUGACCAAUGGUAACCAUAUUGAUUGGAGGUUUUCAUCACCAGGCUCUUUCCUCUUGCCUCGAUAAUGGCUGCCAUAUUACUUGACCAGUGCUGGCCAUAUUGCUUGGCCAGUGGUGCCCCUAAUCUUUGACCAACAGUGGCCCUAUUGCUUGAACAGUGGUGGCCAUACUCCUUGACCAACAGUGGCCAUAUUGCUUGACCAGUGGUGGCCAUAGUACUUGACCAGUGGUGGCUAUAUUGCUUAACCAGUGGUGGCCAUAUUGCUCGACCACCAGUGGCCAUGUUGCUCAACCAACAGCAAACAUAUUGCUUGACCAAUGGUGGCCAUAUUACUUGACCAAUGGUGGUCUUAUUGCUUGACCAAUGGUGGUCAUAUUGCUCAACCAAUAGUGGCCAUAUUGCUCGACCAAUAGUGGCCAUAUUGCUUGACCAAUAGUGGCCAUAUUGCUCAAACAACGGUGGCCAUAUAUGCUUGAACCAUGGUGGCAUAUUGCUCGAUCAGUAGUGGCCAUAUUGCUUGAUCAAUAGUGGUCAUAUUGCUUGAACAAUAGCGGCCGUAGUGCUUGACCCAUAGUGGCCUUAUUGCUUGAUCAAUGGCAGCCAGAUUGCUUGACCAAUGGUGGUCAUAUUGCUUGACCAGUAGUGGCCAUAUUGCUCAAACAACAGUGGCCAUAUUGCUCAACCAAUGGUGGCCAUAUUACUUGACCAAUGGUGACAUUACUUGACCAAUGGUGGCCUUAAUUCUUGAUCAAUAGUGGCCAUAUUGCUCAACCAAUAGUGGCCAUAUUGCUUGACCAAUAGUGGUCAUAUUGCUCGAACAACAGUGGCCAUAUUGCUUGACCCAUGGUGGCCUUAUUGCUUGAUCAAUGGCAGCCAGAUUGCUUGACAAAUGGUGGUCAUAUUGCUCGACCAAUAGUGGCCAUAUUGCUCGAACAACAGCGGCCAUAUUGCUCAACCAAUGGGGGCUACAUUACUUGACCAAUGUUGACAUUACUUGACCCAUGGUGGCCUUAUUGCUUGAUCAAUAGUGGCCUUAUUGCUUGACCCAUGGUGGCCUUAUUGCUUGAUCAAUGGCAGCCAGAUUGCUUGACCAAUGGUGGUCAUAUUGCUCGACCAAUAGUGGCCUUAUUGCUCAAAUAACAGCGGCCAUAUUGCUCAACCAAUGGUGGCCAUAUUACUUGACCAGUGGUGGCCUUAUUGCUUGACCAAUGGUAGCCAGAUUGCUCACCCAAUGGUGGUCAUAUUGCUCGACCAAUGGCGGCCUUAUUUGCUUGAACAAUGGUGGCUUUAUUACCCGACCAGCAGCGGCCAUAUUCCUUGACCAAUGGUGGCCAUAUUGCUUGACCAAUGGUGGCCAUAUGAGGACAGGACACUGUUUCUAAUUUUGCUGAAAUUGAGAAGCCUCUCCCCUUUCCAUAUCUCUUUCUAUUCUCUAUAGAGUUUCUUGUGUUUUUACAUUGUAAUAAAAUGACUUCAAUUGUCA